AUGGCCAAAAUUUUCUUACCUAUCUGAUGAGAAAAACCAGAUGUUGUAAGACAGUAUUAUUGAUUACCAUGUUUUACAUAGCUGUCUGUACCACUUAUAUUUUUGUCUCUUUUUAUAGAUAACAUGACACCAGAGUUCUAUAGUAAUUCAUCCAGGCUUGUGGGUGAUGCAUUGAAGAGGUCAAAACACUUAAUGAUGCAACAAAUUCACAGAAGUCAACUCAGGAUGCUGAAUCCAAAACGCAAAGGAGGUCCAAAACCAGCUGCCUACAUUCGUUUGUCAUUCUAUCUACUUCCAAGGGGCACUGCCAUGCCCAAACUGACAAAGAAUGACCCAGUCAUUGCAUUACACCAGCAACAGGGAUAUGGAUACCCUUCUAUCUACUACAAAAACAAGCCAGAGGCUGAGGGAAAAGCUAUGGAAAGACAUGUUAUACAACUAAAUCUGACAGAAGCCAUGUUUAAACAGCAGCUUCAGGCCUUGUAUCCAGUGCUGGUGGACAAAAACUUUCGGCUGUUCACAAUUGGCAAGGAUCGACUGCUUCAUCAGGCACCUUUCAGACCUCUCCAUUAUAAGGCCUUGAACUACCGUGGAACAGUAGUUAUUAGGAUUGUUGAUGAUGAUGCUAGAAUGUUAUCAAUAGAAGCUGCAUAUGGUUUACCUAUCCCACAGUAAAUCUGCUAUCAGUUGAGGACAGUUACCAACACUCUACAACUGGCCCAUAGCCAUUGUGGACAGAUUUCUCUUUUAAAAUUUGGUGCAUGCUAUCAAGGAGGUAGAAUUUUUUAAUUCAAGAUAGUGACAACUUAAGAAAAUUGUUGCAAUUAGAGUAUUACAAACUGACAACAUUCCAAUAUUGAUCCAUAUUGACAUUUGUGAAUGUUUUGAAAUCAUAAGAGAAGAUAUCCCUUAAAUAUGUGAACUUUUGAGUGUGAUUAUUUGUGUAAACUUCUGAGUUUCAUUAUUGGUGUAUACUUGUAUCAAAUAAAACAUGUUUUACUGUACAUUUGUGUAAUAUUUUCAGCAUCAUGUAAAGUUAGAACUGUAAUGUUUUCUUUAGUUUGGCUGUCAGUAUACAGGAAAAGUGUCUCUUUCAAACACAUUUGUAAAUGGCAGUACAAUUGAAUUGAAGUCUUAAUGUUUUAAUCCUGCAGUAUUGAUUUGUAAGCUUGCAGGAUCUCAUUAAUGUAAAAAGUUUCUGUAUCUUAUUGUAUG